UGUCACACUGUCUAACCUUUAAUGUCUCUGAUGAGCGGACGAGUGCUUCUGCUGAGUGUGCCCAGCGGCAGGGGCGGCCAUGAGUGGCACGGAGUGUUUCGGGUGUGGCCGCAGCGGCCACAGAGUCAAAAACUGUCCCAACACCGGCCGAGGUCGAGGGAAAGGUCGCAGCAGAGGCAAAGGUGACGUCCACGUGACCUCCUAUCUCUGCUGCUAUCGCUGUGGGGAGCCGGGACAUUUGGCCAGAGACUGUGAGAGGACAGAGGACGCCUGUUACAACUGCGGCAGGUGCGGUCACAUCUCCAGAGACUGCAAGGAGCCAAAGAAGGAGCGUGAGCAGCUGUGCUACAACUGCGGCGAGGCGGGUCACAUGGCACGCGACUGCAGCCACGCCUAUGAGCAGAAGUGCUACGCGUGCGGCGGCUUUGGACACAUCCAGAAGCUCUGCGACAAAGUCAAAUGCUACAGAUGUGGCGAGAUCGGCCACGUGGCCAUGCACUGCAGCACAGCAUCGGAGCGCAACUGCUCCAACUGCGGCAAGUCGGGUCACCUGGCCAGUGAGUGCACCGUGGAGGCCUCAUCUUAG